GGUUGCCUCCCCUGCAUGGGGCCCUGCAGCAACCCACGCCUGGGGCUUCCUGGGUCGGAGUCGUCAUCGCAGCCCCCCAAGAGGAGGAAGAAGAGAUACCUGCGUCAUGACAAGCCCCCCUACACCUACUUGGCCAUGAUUGCCUUGGUGAUCCAGGCCGCACCCUCCCGCAGGCUGAAGCUGGCCCAGAUCAUCCGUCAGGUCCAGGCUGCAUUCCCCUUCUUCAGGGACGACUACGAGGGCUGGAAGGAUUCCAUCCGCCACAACCUCUCCUCCAACCGAUGCUUCCGCAAGGUGCCUAAAGAUCCUGCGAAACCCCAGGCCAAGGGCAACUUCUGGGCGGUCGACGUGAGCCUGAUCCCGGCCGAGGCGCUGCGGCUGCAGAACACGGCCCUGUGCCGUCGCUGGCAGAGCAGGGGCGUGCGGGGAGCCUUCGCCAAGGACCUGGGCCCCUACGUGCUGCACGGCUGGCCCUACCGGCCGCCCAGUCCUCAGGCGCAGCCCAGUCCUCAGCCACCACCCAGUCCUCAGCAGCCGCCCAGUGAGGGCUUCAGCAUAAAGUCUCUGCUAAGGGACCCCAGGGAGGGGGUGCCACAGAGCAGCCCGGGUCACACAGGAUCUGGGCACAGUGGGGAGAAGGUGGUGCCUGCUCCACCCCUGCGCUCUGAGAGGCCUCUGUGGCCCCUCUGCCCCCUUCCCGGGUCCAAAAAAACAGAUAGGGAGACUAAUUCGCAGGGGGGAACCAGCAGGCCUUCACCCCUCUCCCCUGAGCACAGAGCCUGGCCCCUCCACUUACUGCAGGGUUCCCCAGAUGCUGGGGGACUGUCUGGUGGGAGUCACAGGGCCUCACUUUGGGGGCAGCUGCCCACCUCCUACUUGCCCAUCUACACCCCCAAUGUGGUAAUGCCCUUGGCUCCGCUACCACCCACAUCUUGUCCCCAGUGCCCACCUUCUACUAGCCCAGCCUUCUGGGGGGUGGCCCCUGAAACCCAUGCCCCCCCAGGGCUGCUCUGGGAUCUAGAUGCCCUCUUCCAGGGGGUGCCACCCAACAAGAGCAUCUACGAUGUGUGGGUUAGCCACUCCCAGGAUCCAGCUGCUUCCAGCCCAGGCUGGCUACUCUCCUGGUACAGCCUGUGA